AUGGAUAUCUUUAGGCUCAUGGUGUAUGCUCAACAAAUUGAAGAUUCCAAGAUUAGGGAGAUGAUUAGAUAUGGAAAGAGGUCUAGGUCGGAUGAAUCAAGUCAACCCAAGUCUAAGAAGAGGUUGUAUAAUCAUGGCUCUUCCUUGGGCAACAAGGAUAGACAUUCCAACCAAAAUUCUCAAGAAGGUGGUUAUGCUUAUGAGAGGCCUAGAUGUACUAGUUCUGGGAAGAAACACUUGGGUAGGUGUCUUGCCGGCAAAGAGUGUUGCUUCGGAUGUGGUAAUAGGGGUCAUAAGAUAAGAGAUUGCCCCAACCUCAAGGCAAAAGGGAAAGAGGUCAACCAAGCUCCUCAUGGUGGUACGGAUCCGAAUGCUCCUAUGAGGAACCAUUUCUACGCACUCGAAGCUAAAGAAGUGGCUAAUCCGUAG